GAUUAAGAUAAAGUGUAUUUUUGAUUGUGAUUAAAGAAAUGUUGGGCAAAAACGCAAAAUUAUUCUUUCUCUGCUCGCUCUGUGCUCUCGUGGUGGCGAUAGUUCUGGCGACAUGGGGACUCCCCAAAAUCAUCGAUCGACAAGUGCAUAAGAACAUUCAAAUAGAGAACUCCUCUACGAUGUUUGAGAAGUGGCGGGUUCUACCCAUACCCCUCAGCUUCAAGGUAUACCUGUUCAACGUAACCAACCCUGAGGAGGUGAACGCGGGAGGUAAACCCGCGGUGCAGGAGACUGGGCCUUAUGUGUAUAAAGAGUAUCGCGAGAAGAGAAUUCUGGGCUACGGCGCUAAUGACACCAUAAAGUACAUGCUGAAGAAGACCUUCCACUUCGACCAGGAGGCUUCCGGAGACCUUCGGGAGACAGACGAGCUCACCGUCAUCAACUACUCGUAUAUGGCUGCAGUAAUCACGAUCCAGUCGCUGAUGCCAGCUGCUUUACCGCUCGUCAACCGAGCACUGGCCCAGUUUUUCGUCAACCUGACCGAUCCGUUCUCGAGGGUGCAAGUCAAGGAUCUACUCUUCGAUGGCAUAUUCCUCAACUGCGCCGGAGACGAGUCGGCUUUGUCUCUAGUAUGUGGUAAGAUUAAAGUGGACAAGCCAGUAGCUAUGAGACCAUCCGAAGACGGCAAGGGAUUCUACUUCUCCAUGUUCUCACAUUUGAACAGAACAGAGUCCGGUCCAUACGAGAUGGUCCGCGGGACGGAGGACGUGAGGGACCUCGGCCACAUCGUCAGCUACGACGGCAUGAGCGACAUGCGGGUGUGGCGCGACCCUUACUGCGGACAGAUCAACGGCAGCGACGGCUCUAUUUUCCCACCGAUUGAUGAAUCCAAUGUACCACAGAAGCUGUAUACUUUCGAGCCGGAGAUCUGCAGGUCGAUGUACGUGAGUCUCGUCGGCAAACGGGAUAUAUUCAACGUGAGCUCGUACUAUUACGAGAUUGACGAGUCAGCGCUUGCGUCCAAGAGCGCCAACCCAAACAACAAGUGCUUCUGUAGACGCAACUGGAGCGCGAAUCACGACGGCUGUCUGCUAAUGGGAGUGCUGAAUAUCGAGCCUUGCAAGGGAGCGCCUGCGAUCGUCUCCCUGCCCCACUUCUACCUCGCAUCAGAAGAACUCCUGGAGUACGUGAACGGCAUCAGCCCGAGCAGGGAGAAGCAUAACAGCUACGUGUAUAUUGAGACGAAAACCGGCGCAGUGCUGAAGGGAGUCCAGCGGCUGCAGUUCAACAUCGAGCUGCGGCAGAUCGAGGGCGUGCCCCAGCUGGAGGGCGUCAGGACCGGCCUGUUCCCCUUCCUGUGGAUUGAGGAGGGUGCGGAGCUAUCAGAUGAUCUCAUUUCCGAAGUGAAGUUGGCGCAGUCCAUGAUCGGGUACGCGGGUGCGCUUCGCUGGGUGAUAUUGUGCUGCGCGGUGCUGCUGUGUGCUGCGAGUGGCGUGUGCGUGUACCGCAGCGGCGCGUGGCCCAAACAUAAUAGCAUCAGCUUCGUCAUGCGGAACACGUUCGAUGUUAAUAAAAGUUGAGAAUAAA